AUAGCAUUUCAUCAAACAUUUCAAAACUACUCAAAGAAAACAUUCAGUCUAAAACAUAGCAUUUUAUCAUGUCUCCUUCUUUGGCUAUCAAAGGUAACAAUGUUGAUCAUGAGAGCAACCCAGAAAUAGUAGAGAAAUGGUUCCAUGACCACAUUCAGCAUCAUGCAAAAUCUAAGCUCACCAAACUCCAUUUCUUUGUCCAUGACAACGUUACCGCCGACAAUCCUACGUCCGUUCUUAUAGCCCCAUCUAACACCAACAAUAGUGCGUCUAUCGCUUUCGGUUCAACCUACGCUAUGGAUGCUCCGAUCACUUUGGAUUCAGAUCCUAGUUCCGAACUCAUUGGUCGAGCCCAAGGUACAUUUACCUUUGCAGGUCAAGCUGAACCUGUCUUAUCUAUGGCUAUCAAUUUGGUGUUCACGGAAGGAGAUUUCAAGGGAAGUUCUCUAAGCAUUCUAGGGAAUAACCCAAUAUCUCAUGAUUACAGAGAAAUGCCAAUAUUGGGAGGUACCGGAGUAUUUUGCAUGGCUCGCGGGAUUGCCACAGUGGAUACAGUUACUGUUGACAUUGCAAAGCUGAAUGACAUUCUUGAGUACCAUGCCAUCAUUCAGCAUUACUGAUUCCCUGCAAAAUUGAUCCAUGGCUCUCAACUCAUAGUUGUGUUUUAAUUUUAUGCAUUUAUUACUAGUUAGCUACUCAAGUUUUCCUCUGGAAAAUUUUUCGCAAAGCCAUCUGUUUGAACGUAAUCGUUACUUGACGAAUUUCAUUUGUAAUCAUCUUCUCU